AGCGAAACUUCGCACGCCGACUCCAUUCAUUUUCCUUUUUGCCUCGAGCCCGCACUUUCCUCACACAAUGGAUUGGCAAGCGUCGUCGCUCAUCACGAUCGACGUCGGUGGCACGACCCACACGCUCACGUGGGGCGAAUUCACCGCGUCGGUCGCCGAGGCCCAAACCGCCACCACUCAUGGCGCGUCCCUCGACCUCUUCUGGCUCCUCUUUGGCGGCGUCCUCGUCUUCCUCAUGAUGCUGGGCCUCGCGCUCCUCGAAAUCGGCUGCGUGCACAAGAAGAACACCAAGCACAUCAUCAUUCGCAUCCUCGGCGACUGCUGCAUCACGGGCUUGACGUUCUAUGCGGUCGGGUACAGCUUUGCGUUCAUGCACGGCAAUGGCUUUAUCGGCACGACGGGCUUCUUCAUGCAAGGCGCUGCGUUCACGGGUGCAUCGGCGACGCAGGCGUUCCGCGGCCACCACUACGCCGACUGGUUCUUCCAGUGGGCGAUCGCGUCCGUGGCCGUCAACAUUUGCCACGGCGCGGUCGCCGAGCGCAUCUCGCUGCCGGCGUACUCUGUCUACUCGUUCUGCGCGAGUCUUUUCAUCUACCCGGUCUGCGCGCACUGGGCGUGGGCCGAGACGGGCUGGGCGAGCAUGCUCAACGAAGGCAACCUCCUCUUUGGCAUUGGUGUCAUGGACUUUGCCGGCACUGGUUGUCUGCACAUGUUUGCGGGGACGUCGGCGCUCGUUGGGUGCCUCUUGUUGGGUCCACGCCUCGGCAAGUUUACGGCCGAGGGCCACGGCCACCUCCCGUCGCAGUCGGUGCUGCUGCAAUUCAUGGGCACGAUGAUUCUCUGGUUUGGCUGGUACGGCUUCAACUGCGUCUCGACGCUGAGUCUCGAGGGCACGAAGGGCGACGUCAUGGCCAAGGUCGCGGUCAACCUCACGCUCUCGGCGUGCACGGCCGGCCUCGUCACGUCCAUCUUGUACAAAGUGCUGGUCGCGGGCCACUUUGACAUUUCGCAGGCCAACAACGGCAUCCUCGCAGGCUGCGUGGCUGUCACGGGGUCGUGCCCCGUGAUUGAGCCCGAGGCUGCCAUCGUCCUCGGCGUCCUUGGCGCGCUCGUGUACCUCUCGAUUGCGCAUUUGCUCGAGCGCGCGGGUAUCGACGACGUCGUCGACGCGAUUCCCGUGCACUUGGGCUGCGGCUUUCUGGGCACGUUGGCGCCUGGCAUGUUUGCGUCCCCAAGCGGCGUCAAGACGUUUUACGGCAGCAACCGGACCAACUGCGGCUUCUUUUACACCUGCGAAGGCGGCGGCGGCAAGCAGUUUGGCGCGCAGAUCGUGUACGCGCUCGCUGUCUUUGCUUUCGUCGGUGUCUGCGUGAGCCUUGUCUUUGGCAGCAUGAAGGCCAUCGGGUGCCUCCGCGUCUUGGCCGAAGCCGAGCGCAUGGGCAUGGACGCGUUCGAGCACGGCGGGUCGGCGUACGAUGAUGGCGAAAUCGACGAGCACACCAACAAGGAGAGCUACAACAACUCGCUGCAGAGCCCGGUCGCGCGUCGCGACGUUGUUUAGGUUUAAGCUGCUUUUUAUUGGAAUAAUCCAUCUGAAGUGGACAGUUUUGUCUGUAAAAUGCAGUAAAAAUGUUGGAAUCACAA